AUGGCACAGAAUGGAGAACCUGUAAUGCGAAGUUACAACAGGAAGUUGGUCAUUAUUGGCGAUGGUGCUUGCGGCAAGACUUCACUCUUGAGCGUGUUUACGCUGGGUUACUUUCCCACUCGAUAUGUGCCAACAGUCUUCGAAAAUUACGUCACGGACUGUCGAGUCGAUGGAAAAUCAGUGCAAUUAGCGCUAUGGGACACAGCAGGCCAGGAAGAUUAUGAGCGUCUACGACCACUCGCAUACUCCAAGGCCCACGUGAUCCUGAUCGGCUUCUCUGUAGACUCUCCUGACUCUUUGGAGAACGUCAAACACAAAUGGGCGGAAGAGGCACGCGAAAGAUGCCCUGGCGUGCCUAUCAUCCUAGUUGGGUUGAAGAAAGAUCUUCGCGACGACCCACUUGCACAAGAAGAGAUGCGCAAGAAGAGCUUGAAGUUCACGACCUCGAAAGCUGGAAGCGAUAUGAAAGAAAUGAUUGGAGCACGCAAAUACCUCGAAUGCUCCUCGUUGACGGGCGAUGGUGUCGACGACGUUUUUGAAGCCGCUACACGCGCUGCCCUCUUGUCCCAAGACAAGAAGGAGGGCAAUGGCUGCUGCACCAUUCUGUGA